GACCGAAUGUUAUAUUCCGUAUUUAAAAUAAAUGCACUGCAAAAUAAGUCAGUCCAACGCAAGCCACGCUCUCCGGCAAAAGUAGUCAAGUGAAGUGCACGGAUCGUGUCCCGCCUUCUCCCGGACAAUGCCUGGAUCCCCCAGCUUGAAGUCCCUAACUCGGCUGCUGGAGAGCUCCCUGCCGGAGAAAUUGAAAUUGGGCGAGUACCAGGAUUUGUUGACUCAAGCCCUGAUUGCAACAAAUCACGUUCAGGACUGUGCAAUCAUAGAUGUGCAAAAUCACUCUAUGAUGUUAGCCUCCAGAGGAUUCAAAUUGGAUGCAGAGGAAAUUCAGGCCUUCCUGAAUGCUUUCACACAAGCAGAUGUAAUUCGAGAAUAUGGCCUCUUGUUUAAGACUAUAAACUACACAUGUGUCAGAGCAGAUAGGAGUUCAGUAUAUGGUAAAAAUGUGAUUACUUCAAAUCAAAAGGCAAAUAAAAAGGAUCAAAGAUUGGAUUUACAGUGAUACACUUGGAUCCAAAUACACUGAAUAUGUGAAGGGAACUUGAUAAAUAAAGCUUAGAUUUUCUAAAGCCCACCAUAAGCUCCUCUCCAUCUACUUCUCUAGCAGAAACAAAGUCAACAUUUCAUCUGAAGACAUGAAAGUAUUCUUAAAAUCUAGCAUGGUUUAUGUAUUAUGACUGAAAAUAUUUUAGUUAUAGAAAUAGAAUGCAAAAUCAUGUUUAUUGUUUAUAAAUUCUGCAAUGAUGACCAUCUGUAAACUUCUAGAUUCAGAUUGACACUCCUCCUUGUAUCUUUGUAUUUGUAAGCUAAUUAAACUAUUACAAAUUAUAUGUGUAAUUAUUGUAUAUUUCCUUAUCAUCUGUUCACAAGGACUCAUAUUUGAUCAUGUGGUGCCAUAUUGUUAUGCUCAAUACAAUUUCAAUGAAAUUUCAUGUGACUUGUGCAGAGCAUGAAUUUUAUUCAGGUUUUAUUCAAAUUAAACCCACAGGCUACCAAGACCAACUUAUUUCCAAACAUUCAUUCAAUCCCAACAAGCUCCUACAAUCCUUGUACCAUGAUAUCCUGAACUCAAACCUUAUCACAAACUUGGUGUAGCCUUACAGUGUCAGGCACCCCAGUUUAAUCCUGACUGUGGGCGCUGUCUGGGUGGAGUUUGCACGUUCUCCUUGUGACCACUUGGAUUUCCUCCAGGUGCUCUGAUACCCCAAGACAUGGUGGUUUUUAGGUUAAUUGGCCUCUGUAAAUUGCACUGGUGUGUAGGAAGUGGGUGAAAAAAAGGGAUAAUAUAGAACUAGUGUGAUCGAGUGGUUGACGUCGAGUGGGCCAAUAGGGCCUGUUUCCAUGCUGUAUCUGUAAACUAACGUAAACAAAAUUGGCUGUAAAGUGCUUCAGGAAGUUCCAAGAUAGAGGGCCAAAUGUGAGCGUGGCACUUGCUUUGAGGGGGCAUCUUGGUCUGCAUGGGCAAGUUGGGUCGAAGGGCCUGGUUCUUUGCUGUAUGACUCUAUGACUCGAGAAAUACAUUUUAUAUGUACAAAACAUUUAUUUCGAGAAUGCAGAAAGAACCAUAAAAGACAUGCAUCUUUUAGUGUUGGCUUUUAUUUUUAUUUGUUUAUUUCUUUCCGCAUUGAAAAUCUAGAUAUAUUUGUAUGCAGCAAAAUAGGCCAAAUAUUUGCAUGUUUCCAAAACAAUUGAAAAAGAUUUCAGCAUUUACAAUAAUCCAGCAGAAUAUGAAGAAUGUAAAAGGCAGAGUAUGAAAAGAAAGAAUGGCUUGCAUUAAAAAUCACAAAUCAUUCAUAUCAAUAUAGACAAAAUUAUUUUGAUAUUUUAGAGGCAGAAAUGGAUGUUACAAUACCUAAUUUCAGUGGAAACCAUUAACAAGGCAUUUGCUUUAUUAUACUAAGUUCAUGAUGGAUGUAUAUAACAAUGCCUAUUUGUAAACAUAACAAAUACUGCAAUGCCGGGUCAUGCUGCACUCCAACAGAGAGUACAGUAGAGAAUUGCCACCAAGCUGCAUUAGUUAGGUUAUCUUGUUCCUGAUUUCCAUGCCUGAGAAUUACAAUGUUAAAGUCAGGAAUGAUUUGAAGGUGAAAUGCUGGCACAUAUGGAAUCAUGCUUAACCUUCAACCUGAUCUUCACGUUUACAAGGCUCAAUCGUCUUAAUGGAGUUGCAGAUCCAGAUGAAAAGAUAAGUGCUGAUAAAUGUUUUUUCAUUAUUAUUUUUAUAUGUUGUUGAGCAUGAGUUUUUAAUCUUUGAAACAAUUUGUUUUUAUUCUGAUCUAUUUCAACUGUUUUUAAAUGAAUUGUAUUACAGAUCAUCAGGCCUAAAAACAUGAAUCCACCAGCUGAGGCUCAGGGAUUUCUCUGUGUAUCAGGACUGUGAUGCUGAUGCAUAGUGGACAUUUGGAUUUGUGAGACCUCAUAAUCUCUGGCUGCAGGCAUAUUGCAGGGUUGAUGUGCGAGCACAAAGGUGGGUUAAAAUGAGUGCAAUUAGUCUAAUUGUCUAUAUAUUUCAAAGAUGGCCAGAUCAGGUAAUGCUCAAACUCUGCUUUCAAUUACACACGCAUUGCCAAUAAAACUAAAUAACAUAUCACAUCUCAAACCUCUAUGGCAGAGAUAUGUUCAAUUUGGAAAUGCUAAUAUAUUUCUCCAAUGUAUAAUCAACGAUGAUAUAGGUAUCUAUAUAUAUAUAACCACACUAUUUCAAGAUAUGUCUAACGUCUUAAUAAAAUUGUUUAUUUUCUCUUUGAUUUUCUCAUCCAUUAAUUUCUUGAAUUGUUCUCGUUCCUGUAAACGGUCAUGCUUCUGUCUCUCCAGUUCUUUUUGAUAAAUAUUAUCAAUGCUGGCCAUACGACGCAAUUCUUUAUGUGUCAAAGACUGGAUAUCACCAUCAUCUGUACUCCCCCUUCGCAGGGACGUGGUUGACAUAGAUCUUCUAAAACGAGAUGCACUUGCGGAUGAGGACAUGAGAGAUCUUCUCUUCACAUAUUGUUUUGAUAAUGACCUUCCGUCAAAUUCAUCAUGAACAAAAGAGUUGGGACUGAUUCUUCCAUUUAAUCCAGCCCAAGUACCCAACAAACUUGAACGUUGCUCUCCAGAUUGCGGGUUAUUCUGUGUUGAUGAUGUAGCUAUUUUACCUUUUCCACUAAACAAGGGAUUCAUUCUAGCUCCCUUUGAAUUCCAAUCUGAGUUAGUCUCAUCUUUGUCUCCCUUUAAUUGCAGAAUUAAGUCAUCUAAUUUAAAAUUUUGGAGUAUUGAUUUUUGUCUUAACAAAUUCUUAAGUUCCUCUGUUACAGUUGUACUUUCUUGCUGUAAUGAUGACAGAACAAUACGAUGGCCAUGGUGCAGAUGGUCCAGUCGACCGAGUAAGAGCACAUCUUCUUUUUUAUUUUUUAAAUGUGCAUCCACUGUCAGCAUUGGAGAGUUCUUUGACUUGUUCAUAAUUGUACUGUUAGUUGAAUGGUUUCCUCAACACUCUUGAAAUGUUUGAGCAUUUAAAAGCAGAUAAUGAAACAAAUAAAAUGUUGUUAGUUAUACAUACUUGAUUUAUUUAUUAAACAUUGAAAGCUUAAUUCAUUAAUUGAUUACACUGAUUAUUUUAGUCUCUUACAGCAUCCUCUGAAGCACCCAUUGAUUGAGUUGUUGCAGCUUUGUUAACAGUAAUAACCCCAAAUGCGCAACCUCAUAUUCUAUUAAAACUGCCAGAUUGCUCCUUAAUGUUAGUGCAAUUCUCCCUCAAUCUCCCUCUUCACCAUCUUUGCACCAACACUCUCACGAGAUCUGAAACUGGUGAACCAAAACUGGAUAUCAGCAAACAGUUUAUCGUCACAUUGCACUGUUACAAUACCUUUCAUCAAUUUAUUAAUCUAAUUUAUUCUAAAGCUCUACCAUUUUGGAUAUUCGCUAUCAUUUUGGGUAUUAUCAUCUAUGGAUGAGGCUGGAGUGUUCUACACAGGACUAACAAUCAUAGAUAGUUGCAAGUGUGAAUGAGGUAGGAUGUUUGCUCAUUAUUUGUGGGUCAAUAAUAGCAUUCUUAACUCUGUGGAUUGAAGGCUCACUCCAGAAUACAAAACUCCGGGAGGUGCCAUUUCUUGGAUCAGAUAUUAAACCGAUACCUAGUUUUGCUCUCGCACAGGAUAGUUUCUAGGAAGGACAGUCAAAUUAUUGUCAUAUCCUAGUUAAUUUUAUUCUUCGCCCAGAGUAUCACACUGCCAGAUUACUCUCAGAAGUCUGAGUCUUCUGAUUCUCCUGAAAAAGCUGCACUUCAGAAGUGUCACUGUCAGCUGGGAAACCCCUUAACCUGCAAGUUCUGCCCCAAAUCAUUCCCCAUUCUGGUUUGAAAAUACACAGCCUUUGCUUUAUUAUCGUCAAAAUCAAAUCUUGGGGCUCCCUUCCCAAUAGCACUAAGGGAAUAUCACCAUUUUAUGGGCAAUUAGGGAUGGGCAAUAAAUA